UAGGGAUCAGAUCACCAUUUUUGGUGAGAGCGCCGGGAGUUGGUCGGUGUCCGCACACAUACUCUCCCCGCUAUCCAAAGGCCUAUUCAAGAGGGCUAUUAUGCAAAGCGGGGCCAAUAUUUAUAACAUGGAUAGAGAUGUAAAUAACAAAACCGAGUCCUUUUCUCAGGGGAAAAUGUUAGCAAAACAAUUGAAAUGCAAUGAAACCAAGGAUUGGAUACAAUGUCUGCGAAGAGCGGACGCCAGAGAUUUACUCAAAUAUCCCAUCACUAAGAAUCCAGUCGCCACUUACCCGGUGUUUGGGACAGAGUUUUUGCCCAUUCGUACACAACAAGCUUUUAAAAGAAAAAAAGUUUAAUACAGAUAUUGACUUAAUCGUUGGCAUCACAAAAACCGAGGGCUCACUACUUGUUAGCCGAGUAAUUAAAAACCCGACGCAUAUGACACUCACUGACUUUAACACCGGGGUAAAAUCACUUGAAUCCAUCGGUUAUUACAAUAUAAAUGUGCCAAAAGUGACGGAACAUUAUCUAAAAAGUGUCAACACUACCGAUGCUGUGGCCCUACGGACAGCAUUUGGGGCACUGUUUGGUGACCUAAUACUCGGGUGUCCGACAUAUCUGUUCGCCAAACGGUUCGCACAAACUGACAAAGAGUCGCAAAGGGUUUACUUUUAUGAGUUGUUAUACGCGAGUAAUUCGUUUGCAAAGCAGUUGGGUUGCAAUGUAACGACCAUGGGCAUUUGUCACGGCAUGGAUAUACCAUUUGUGUUUGGUCUGCCACUACUCAAACCCGACGAUUAUAUACCUGAAGAUAUCUAUUACAGUAAUGUUGUUAUGAAAAUGUGGACUAAGUUUGCAAAGGACGGUCACAUGGACGCUGAUUGGCCACAAUUGCUAAACAAUGACCCGAGCGGUGCCCCUAAAGUACACGGUUUAGACCCAACGGACUUACGGCUUGUACUAAAGGAUCCGUUUCACGAAACUUGCGAUGACGUUAUAGGAGUAGUGAGGGGUCGGACACUACAUGUGUUGGACACAAAUGUGGAUCAGUUUGUGGGCAUUCCAUACGCCAAACCCCCGGUCGGCAAACAUAGGUUCGCAAAACCCGAACCCAUUUCUAAACCAUUUCCCGAUAUAAUUGAUGCAAUAAAACCUAAAAAUACAUGCAUACAAGUGGACGGCCCGUUGCCUAUUAUGCCCGACUCACCCUUCAGUGAAGACUGUCUGGUGCUUAACAUAUGGACAACAAAUGUGAAGGAAUUAAAACCAGUAAUGUUUUGGAUAUAUGGAGGGGGACUUACUAUGGGAUCAAUAUUUCAAGUGUGGUAUAAUGGGAGCGCUUUGGCCACAAAGGAUGUGGUGGUUGUGUCCGUCAACUAUAGGUUAGGACCGUUUGGUUUCCUAUACGGGGAUCGGGAGGACGCGCCCGGAAAUGUCGGUUUUUAUGACCAGUUAUUGGCUCUCAAAUGGGUUAGAGAAAACAUCCACUCAUUUGGCGGAGAUAGGGAUCAGAUCACCAUUUUUGGUGAGAGCGCCGGGAGUUGGUCGGUGUCCGCACACAUACUCUCCCCGCUAUCAAAGGGUAUGUUUCAGAGGGCUAUUAUGGAAAGCGGGGCCACAAUGUAUAACAAGGAUAGAAUUGCUUUGAAUAAGACAGAGGCUAUACUACAAUCCAAAGCAAUUGCCAAACAAUUGAAAUGCAAUGAAACCGAGGAUUGGAUACAAUGUCUGCGAAGAGCGGACGCCAGAGAUAUAUUGAAAUAUUCUGUUACUUUUGCCACAUAUCCGGUGUUUGGCACAGAAUUUCUGCCAAUUCCUACCCAACAGGCGUUUAAAGAAAACAAAUUUAACAUGGACAUUGAUUUAAUCGCUGGCAUUACACACAACGAGGGCUCAAUGUUUAUCAAGUUCUUAACCAAAGACCCAACGCAUAUAACGCUCAUUGAAUUUCAAAACGGAGUAAAAGCGCUUGAUGCAUUUGGUUUUCACAAUGUAAAUGUACAGAAAGUGACGGAACAUUACCUGAAAGGUAAAGUGACGGAACAUUACCUGAAAGGUGUCAACACUAGCGAUCCGGCGGCUAUGCGGACGGCUUUAGGUUCAUUAAUAGGCGACAUAACACUCGGUUGUCCGACAUAUCUGUUCGCCAAACGGUUCACACAAACUGUUAAAGAGUCGCAAAGGGUUUACUUUUAUGAACUUUUAUACACUAGUAAGUGGUUCGCCAAACAAGGCGGGUGUGAUGUACUGACCAUGGGCGUUUGUCACGGCAUGGAUAUACCUUUUGUGUUUGGUCUGCCAUUACUAAAUCCAGACGAUUAUAUGCCUGAAGAUAUAUUUUACUCUAAUUUAGUUGUAAAAAUGUGGACUAAAUUCGCAACCGAUGGUCAUAUGGACUCUGAUUCCGGUGUUAACGAUUUGCUACUGGGCUCGCCACGCGGGUUUCAGGUGCCAAAUCUGGGAGUAGUGAGGGGUCGGACACUACAUGUGUUGGACACAAAUGUGGACCAAUUUCUGGGCAUCCCUUACGCCGAACCCCCGGUCGGCAAACUUAGGUUUGCAAAACCUAAUCCAAUUACUAAACCAUUUCCAGAUAUAAUUGACGCGACAAAACCGCAAAACUCAUGUAUGCAACCAGAUUUUUUCAUCAAACCAAACCUCAUUCCGGGCACAGGUAUGAGUGAGGACUGUCUGGUGCUUAACAUAUGGACAAAAAAUACCACAGCAUUAAAGCCAGUGAUGUUUUGGAUAUAUGGAGGGGGACUGGCUGUGGGUUCAAUAUAUCAAUCGUGGUAUAACGGGAGCGCUUUGGCCGCUAAUGAUGUGGUGGUUGUGUCCGUCAACUAUAGAUUAGGAGAGUUGGGCUUUCUAUACGGGGAUCGGGAGGACGCGCCCGGAAAUGUCGGACUCUAUGACCAGUUAUUGGCUCUCAAAUGGGUUAGAGAAAACAUACACUCAUUUGGCGGAGAUAGGGAUCAGAUCACCAUUUUUGGUUGGAGUGCCGGGAGUUGGUCGGUGUCCGCACACAUACUCUCCCCGCUAUCCAAAGGCCUAUUCAAGAGGGCUAUUAUGCAAAGCGGAACCAAAGUGACGGAACAUUACCUGAAAGGUGUCAACACUAGCGAUCCGGCGGCUAUGCGGACGGCUUUAGGUUCAUUAAUAGGCGACAUAACACUCGGUUGUCCGACAUAUCUGUUCGCUAAACGGUUCACACAAACUGUCAAAGAGUAUCAAAGGGUUUACUUUUAUGAACUUUUAUACACUAGUAAGUGGUUCGCUAAACAAGGUGGGUGUGAUGUACUGACCAUGGGCGUUUGUCACGGCAUGGAUAUACCAUUUGUAUUUGGUCUGCCACUACUAAAUCCAGACGAUUAUAUGCCUGAAGAUAUAUUUUACUCUAAUUUAGUUGUAAAAAUGUGGACUAAAUUCGCAACCGAUGGUCAUAUGGACUCUGAUUGGCCACAAUUGCUAAACGAUGACCCGAGCGGUGCGCCCAAAGUCCACGGUUUAGACCCAACGGAUGUCGAUCUAGUACUAAAAGAUCCUAUAGGAGUAGUGAGGGGUCGGACACUACAUGUGUUGGACACAAAUGUGGAUCAAUUUCUCGGUAUUCCUUACGCCGAACCCCCGGUCGGCAAACUUAGGUUUGCAAAACCUAAUCCAAUUAAUAAACCAUUUCCCGAUAUAAUUGACGUGACAAAACCCCAGAACUCAUGUAUGCAGCCAGCUUUUUUUAUCAAACCAAAUCUCAUUCCGGGCACAGGUAUGAGUGAAGACUGUCUGGUGCUUAACAUAUGGACAACAAAUACCACAGCAUUAAAGCCAGUGAUGUUUUGGAUAUACGGCGGCGGACUGGCUGUGGGUUCAAUAUAUCAAUCGUGGUAUAACGGGAGCGCUUUGGCUACUAAUGAUGUGGUGGUUGUGUCCGUCAACUAUAGGUUAGGAGAGUUGGGCUUUCUAUACGGGGAUCGGGAGGACGCGCCCGGAAAUGUCGGACUCUAUGACCAGUUAUUGGCUCUCAAAUGGGUUAGAGAAAACAUACACUCAUUUGGCGGAGAUAGGGAUCAGAUCACCAUUUUUGGUUGGAGUGCCGGGAGUUGGUCGGUGUCCGCACACAUACUCUCCCCGCUAUCCAAAGGCCUAUUCAAGAGGGCUAUUAUGCAAAGCGGAACCGUUUUAUAUAAUAUCGAAAGGGAUAAAAUUUAUAAAACAAAAUCCAUAUUAAAAAGUAAAAAUAUAGCGAAACAAUUGAAAUGCAAUGAAACCGAGGAUUGGAUACAAUGUAUGCGAAGAGCGGACGUUAAGGAUAUAAUCAAAUUUCAGGAUUCGGGUAUUAAUCCGGUGUUUGGGACAGAGUUUCUGCCUAUUCGUACACAACAGGCUUUUAAUGAGAAAAGGCUUAAUACAGAUGUUGAUCUAAUCGCUGGUAUUACACGAAACGAGGGCUCAACGUCUAUGGAUAGGUUUGUUAAAGACCCGGAGCACAUGACAAUCACUGACUUUCAAGCCGGACUAAAGGCCCUGGAUCCAUUUAAUCUUCACAAUAUUAAUGUGACAGAAGUAACAAAUUAUUACCUAAAAGGUGUCAACACUAGUUGUCCGGCGGAAGUGCGCACAGCAUUUGCCGCACUCGUAGGCGAUGUAGACAUGAUAUGUCCGACAUAUCUGUUCGCCAAACGGUUCGCACAAACUGUCAAAGAGUCGCAAAGGGUUUACUUUUACGAGUUGUUGUAUGAAAGCGAGUGGUUUGCUAAACAAAACAAUUGUAGUGCGACCAUGGGUGUUUGCCACUCAAUGGAGAUACCAUUUGUGUUUGGUCUGCCACUACUUGAUCCACACCAUUACAGUCCCGACGAUAUUAAUUACAGUAAUGUUGUGAUGAAAAUGUGGACUACAUUUGCCAAAACAGGUAAUAUGAUCUCUGAUUGGCCGCAACUGUUAAACGAUGAGCCGAUGGGUGCGCCCAAAGUCCACGGAGUAGUGAGGGGUCGGACACUACAUGUGUUGGACACAAAUGUGGAUCAGUUUGUGGGCAUUCCAUACGCCGAACCCCCGGUCGGCAAACAUAGGAGUGAAGACUGUCUGGUGCUUAACAUAUGGACAACAAAUACCACAGCAUUAAAGCCAGUGAUGUUUUGGAUACACGGAGGGGGACUUAAUUUAGGAUCAAUAUUUCAAGAGUGGUACAACGGCACAGCUCUGGCCACCAAUGAUGUGGUGGUUGUGUCCGUCAACUAUAGGUUAGGACCGUUUGGUUUCCUAUACGGGGAUCGGGAGGACGCGCCCGGAAAUGUCGGCUUUUAUGACCAGUUGUUAGGCUUGAAAUGGGUUAGAGAAAACAUUCACUCAUUUGGCGGAGAUAGGGAUCAGAUCACCAUUUUUGGUGAGAGCGCCGGGAGUUGGUCGGUGUCCGCACACAUACUCUCCCCGCUAUCCAAAGGCUUGUUUCAAAGAGCUAUACUGGAAAGCGGGACAAAUAUGUAUAACAAGGACAGGGAUGUGGUCAACAAAACUGAAGCCAUAGCUAAUGGCAAAGCAAUGGCUAAAGGAUUAAAAUGCAAUGAAACCGAGGAUUGGAUUCAAUGUUUGCGAAGAGCGGACCCCAAAGAUAUACUCAAAUAUGAACCCUCAUUAGCAACAUAUCCGGUGUUUGGCACAGAGUUUUUGCCCAUUCGUACGCAACAAGCUUUUAAUGAGAAAAAGUUUAAUACAGGUGUCAACACUAGCGACUCAGUAGCCCUACGGAUAGCAUUCACUGAACUGUUUGGUGAUCUAGUCCUCGGGUGUCCGACAUAUCAUUUUGCCAAACGGUUUACACAAACUGUCAAAGAGUCGCAAAGGGUUUACUUUUACGAGUUGUUGUAUUUAAGUAAUUGGUACGCCCGACAGCUGGGUUGCGAUGUAAUGACCAUGGGCAUUUGUCAUGGCAUGGAUAUACCAUUUGUAUUCGGUCUGCCAUUACUUAAACCGGACGAUUAUAUACCCGAAGACAUAUUUUACGCCAAUUUUGUUGUGAAAAUGUGGACUAAAUUUGCUAAAGACGGUCAUAUGGACGCUGAUUGGCCGCAAUUGCUAAACGAUGACCCGAGCGGUGCGCCUAAAGUGCACGGACUCGACCCCACGGACUUACGGCUAGUACUAAAAGAUCCGAGUAGUGAGGGGUCGGACACUACAUGUGUUGGACACAAAUGUGGAUCAGUUUGUGGGCAUUCCAUACGCCGAACCCCCGGUCGNAGUAUAGGAGUAGUGAGGGGUCGGACACUACAUGUGUUGGACACAAAUGUGGAUCAGUUUGUGGGCAUUCCAUACGCCGAACCCCCGGUCGGCAAACAUAGGUUCGCAAAACCCGAACCCAUUUCUAAACCAUUUCCCAAUAUAAUUGAUGCGACAAAAGCUAAAAACUCAUGUAUGCAAGCGAUCAGUAUUAUGCCUAUACCGGACUCAACCCUCAGUGAGGACUGUCUGGUGCUUAACAUAUGGACAACAAAUACCACAGCAUUAAAGCCAGUGAUGUUUUGGAUACACGGAGGGGGACUUAAUGCGGGAUCAAUUUUUCAAGAGUGGUAUAACGGAAGCGUUUUAGCCACCAAUGAUGUGGUGGUUGUGUCCGUCAACUAUAGGUUAGGACCGUUUGGGUUCCUAUACGGGGAUCGGGAGGACGCGCCCGGAAAUGUCGGCUUUUAUGACCAGUUAUUGGGUCUGAAAUGGGUUAGGGAAAACAUCCAUUCAUUUGGCGGAGAUAGGGAUCAAAUCAUUAUUUUUGGUGAGAGCGCCGGGAGUUGGUCGGUGUCCGCACACAUACUCUCCCCGCUAUCCAAAGGCCUAUUCAAGAGGGCUAUUAUGCAAAGCGGUGCCCAUAUGUAUAACAAAGAAAUGGAUGUAAAUAACAAAACGGAGGCUUUAUCUCAGGGCAAAGAAAUAGCGAAACAAUUGAAAUGCAAUGAAACCGAGGAUUGGAUACAAUGUCUGCGAAGAGCGGACGCCAAAGAUUUACUCAAAUAUCCCAUCACUAAGAAUCCAGUCGCCACUUACCCGGUGUUUGGCACAGAGUUUUUGCCCAUUCAUAUUGACUUAAUCGCUGGCAUCACAAAAACCGAGGGCUCACUGCUUGUUAGCCGAUUCGCACAAACUGUCAAAGAGUCGCAAAGGGUUUACUUUUACGAGUUGUUGUACGCGAGUAAUACCUUCGCGCCGGAGUUAGGUUGCGAUGUAAUGACCAUGGGCAUUUGUCACGGCAUGGAUAUACCAUUUGUAUUCGGUCUGCCACUACUUAAACCCGACGAUUAUAUACCCGAAGACAUAUUUUACGCCAAUUUUGUUGUAAAAAUGUGGACUAAAUUUGCUAAAGACGGUCAUAUGGACGCUGAUUGGCCACAAUUGCUAAACGAUGACCCGAGCGGUGCCCCUAAAGUACACGGUUUAGACCCAACGGACUUACGGCUUGUACUAAAGGACCCGUUUCACAAAACUUGCGAUGACGUGUGGGCUAACUAUUUUCUCUAG